GUGAUCGAUUUGAAGAUGCUAGCUCUCUCCGUGUUUUUUUUUUACUUCCUAUAUCAGCUGACAGUGCGGAUCUUACAUGUAGAGCUGGCUACCUGUACGGCGCUCUGACGCGGUCUUCUUUCGUGUACCGCCGGGGGGACGGGUACUGGUCAACAUGUGCGCUCUGCUGUCAGCUGUCUUCCUGAUUCUGGCGACACAGCUCUCCAUUUCUGGUGUUGACGCACUGGAUGUUCCCGAACAGAUUCACAUCAGCUUUGGAGACCGCCCCGACAUCAUGGUAGUCAUGUGGUCUUGUAAAUCACACAUCACAUGUCACGUGGCUUAUGGAACCUCCGCCGAGAACAUGACAAAUCAUUCCACCAGUCACACUUCGACAUUAAAUCUGGAUAGUUGGAACGCUUUGAAAAUUAUUUAUAGAGCAGAGCUUAAGGGCCUAUCAGCUGGCAGACGACAUUUCUAUCAGGUCCGAUGCACUCAAAAUGGAGGUCAAGGUCACACCAACAGUUCCGUGUUCUCUUUCAGGACGCCGGAUGCAAAGACGGACAGACAAGCAAAGUUUCUUAUGUAUGGUGACUUGGGUGCAGUGGGGGGCAUCCCAACAUUCCCUGCUCUACUUGAUGACGUCACAAAAAAUAACUAUGACGCUGUGUGGCAUGUUGGUGACUUCGGUUAUGACCUUCAUUCUAAUGGCGGAAAGGUAGGCGACGACUUUAUGAGAAAAAUUGAAGCUAUAGCAGCAAGAAUUGCCUACAUGACGUCACCCGGUAACCAUGAGCUGGAGAAAGACAUGCAUCACUACAGGGUGAGGUUCUCCAUGCCCGGGGGAGGCUGGCCCAUGGGGCACGACAGACUGUGGUACAGCGUGGACAUAGGGCCAGUUCACUUCAUCAGCUAUUCCACCGAGGUAUUUUUCAUCGAAAAUCAAGAUUACGUGUGUAAGCAAUAUGACUGGCUGCUAAAAGACCUCAUAAAAGCCAAUCAAAAUCGCCGCAGUAGACCCUGGGUCGUUGCCAUGGGACAUCGACCGAUGUACUGCUCCAACAAGAACAUUGACGACUGUACCGGGCGAAUCCUUGGUUACUGGGUCAAAUACGGGCUGGAGGAUCUGUUUCAGGCCCAGGGGGUGGACCUCGUGCUCCAGGCUCACGAACACUCCUACGAACGACUGUGGCCGGUCUACGACUACCAGGUCAUGGCCAAGAACUACCUCGACCCCCGGGCACCUGUACACGUGAUCUCAGGGGCCGCCGGGUGUGGGGAAAAUGUUGACUACAUGGGAGACCCCAAACCGUGGUCAGCAUUCAGAGCAGACACAGCCAGCAGUCACUCCUAUGGAAGAUUGAUAGUAGUCAAUCGAACGCACCUUCUGUUUGAACAAGUUUCCGUGGAUUUCAACUCAACUAUUGACAAAUUCUGGUUGGUUCAGAACAAUCAUGGCCCAAGAAUAGGAAACUGGGAGUGUAAGGACGGCUAUUACAACAACCACCCUACCUGUAAGUGCCCCCUGCCCUUCCAUUACGUCACAGUCGCCGUGUUCGGGGGAGUAUUCAUUUUCAUCGUCAUUGCCAUGAGUAUUUAUUUUUGUACCAAAUGUUGCCACAUUUGCCAAUGUUGCCAAAACAAGUGUUGCACAGGAAGUGCAAAGUGUUACACAGGAAGUGCAAAGUGCUGCGAUUCUUUUAGCGUGGACCGUGGAUUUUGCAGGAACAGGUCGCGGUUAAAAGAGACAUCCAGCAGAUUUAAGUUACUGGAUGACGACGAAGAGGAGGAUCUUAUUAUUUGAUUGUGAUUCUGUUAUAUCGUUCAUAUUUCAUUUGUCUGUCUAUGUUUUAUAUGAAAUCCGUCAUCAUAUUACUAGUAUGUUAUUCCAAUGAUCGACACAUGCGCAGUCGCCCAUGACAAAUCAGUCUUGAAUACAUAUCAGAUCAUGAUAUGCCACAUUACUUGAAAUCAGGGAAUCAUUUAAAAAAAAUCAUAUGUGAUAUGCCUUCCAGUUGUAAAACUUUCAUUUCCAAUAAGCUGAUCUUUUAUAUAAUGUUCUUGUAUAUUGUGUAUCACAAAGUUGUGUGUUCUUAUGAUAUGUCGUCCCAUGGAUUUCUGAGAUAUCAUUGUUGUCAUGUAACUAUGUUUUAAUCAAUUGAGACGAAAGAAGAGAGGUUGACAGUCUCCCUGUCUGUCUGUCCGUCUGUCUGUCUGUCAGUUUGUCUGUUAAUAUAUAAUUACCCACUAAUGUCUUUCGUUAUAGCUGAAACAGACGAGGGCAUUGUUUUAUAAAAGAACUUGCUAAAAUUAGAAAUUACUAAAAGAACACAUUUGUACAUCUGUUAAAUUUUCAGAAACGUUUGAAAAAGCACAAAGUUUUUAUUAAACAAUGAAUUGUUUUAUAUAUCUUUUUAAUUUUCAAGUUUUUCGUUCUGGUUGGGAGUAAACAAUACUCUAUUAAUAACUUUUCUUAAUGUGUCAUAAGAUAGCAUAUUAUUUUGUAAAAAAGUUGCCCUGGCUUGUCGAUCGCUGCUGAAAAAUUAAUGAUAUUGAAAUGGUAUUAUAGUGUGAAAUCAUCAAAUACCGUGGUUGCUCAAUUUUGUAUAUUUUGCGGAUAUUCAUCAUGAUCAUACAAUAAAGAAAGAAAAAAAUCCUCUGCGAUCAAACAAAUCAGUAUUUAUAUAAAGCAAAUCUACGUAAUCACUUUCCCCCGAACUUUUAAUAGAAAAUCUACAAAAAUUGGCCCAAAUAAAACGUGAAUUACAUAUAUCUACGUAAAUAUAUAGAUCCCUGUGCAACGGAAAAAAAAAGUAAACAGAUUUCUAAAUCAAUUGAAAAUAACAUUUUGAAAUAAUGUUUAAGCUUGAGGAAACAGUGCAACGUAUUGUAAUAUAUCAAUGACUUAAGAGACUUCAUAUGACAUAUUUACCCCCCCCCCCCGCGCUUAUUAAAACUCAACACCCAUUUGAGUUUUACAGUUGCUGAGAGAGGAGCGGAUUGAGAAUACCAUAGAGUGCCUGUGAGUGUUUAAUACAUUAUGUCUGUUAAUUGUACAUCGAAUAUCGUCUUAUCGUCUCGUCCCCAGAGUUUGUAGGCCAAACGGUCGCUCAUUGAGACUGUUUCUGUUCUGACCUCCGACCCCACGGCCCGGCUCCUCUCCAUACUGUGUUCACUUGCAUGUAUUCCGUGUACCGACGUUUUCACAACUGAUUUUUACUAAAUAAAUUCCAUUAAGACAUGGC